AGCCCCCGAGCCUGAGGCUCGGAACCCCAAAGCUACAGUAUGCUACAUGGAAAAAAGCAAAACGCACUAACACACACAGAGCGAGAAAAUGAUAAUCGAGAAAAGGAAGAGAGAGAAAGAGAGAAAUGCGAUGGCGAGAAUUUAGGGAGGAGAGAGAGAGUUUUGAGGGUUUUAGAGAGAGAAAAGGAGUGGAGAUAGAAAGGAUGGGCCAGAUCGUGAGGAGGGGGAGGAAAGGCCGCCCCCCCAAGGCGGAUCUCGGCGGGAGCCGCCGAGCCGCCACCGCCGCGGAGACGGAGGGAGAACUCCGGCGGAGUAGCCGGCGGCGAAAUGUCAAGUACACUUUCGACUUCGACGAUUUCCUCGACGACGAGGAUUUCGAGGAGGAGGAGGAGGAGGAAGACGACGAGGACGACGGCCGGAAGGAGAAGAAGCUCGAGCUGCUGCUGAAGCUACAGGGCGAGGACGAGUUGACUCGCAGCCGGAACCGGCAGUCUUCUCACGCUCAGCCCGCGUCAGCGUCAGAUGAGGAGGACGACGAAGAAGAUGACAAGCCAUCUAAGAAAAGAAGAAUCUCGCGCCGCCACGAUGAUGAAUACGAAGAAAAUGAGGACGGAGAAGAAGGUGAUGACGCUGAUGAUAACGAAAAUGGAAAUCAAAAUGACUUCGAGGAAUGUGGAAGAAAAGCAGAAGCUAGAAGUUUUGAAUCUUCUCCAGGAACACCAUCUGGACGUCCCUCCCCGUUUCCGCUACCAGACAAGAAGAUGCUAGAAAUAAUCCUGGACAAGCUUCAGAAGAAAGAUAUUUAUGGUGUCUAUGCAGAACCGGUUGAUCCUGAAGAGCUUCCGGAUUACCAUGACGUGAUUGAACAUCCUAUGGACUUCUCAACCGUGAGGAACAAACUUAGAAAUGGAUCGUAUGCGACAUUGGAACAAUUUGAGAGUGAUGUCUUCUUGAUAUGUUCAAAUGCAAUGCAAUACAAUGACUCUGAUACCAUAUAUUACAAACAGGCUUCUUCAAUCCAAGAACUUGCCACACGGAAAUUUCAGAAAAUACGAGUCAAUGUUGAACAUACAGAGCGCUUAGAAAAGGUCAAAUCAGAUCCGAGGCCAAAAUCAAGCCCUCUUGUGAAAAAACAUAUAAAGAAACCUGUGGGCAGAACAGUGCAAGAAUCUGCUGGCUCCGAUUUCUCAUCUGGUGCAACCCUCGCGAAUGCUGGAGAUGCACAAAAUGAUUCAAAUGCCUUCCCGGGAACCUCGGGCAGAAUAAACAGCACUGAUGGGCCUACGGAUGGAAAUGUUUUGUCACCUGACAACUUGGACAUGGAAGAAUUACAUUCAGGGAAGGGUCAUCUCCAUAGAUGUGGAAGAAAGUCAGCCCUACAAGAUGAGAAUCGGCGUGCAACUUAUGAGAUAUCAACUCAAUCUGCUUGCACAAGUUUGGAAUCAUUGUUUUCGACAUUUGAAGCAGAAAUCAAGCAUUUGGUUCCUGUGGGGCUUUAUGCUGAUCAUUCAUAUGCAAGGAGCCUUGCUUGUUUUGCUGCAACACUCGGGCCAAUUGCCUGGGAAUUUGCAUCUAGGAGGAUCACACAAGCACUCCCUCCCGGGUUAAAAUUUGGUCGCGGUUGGAUUGGGGAAUAUGAACCACUUCCCAGCACAGUAUUGAUGCUCAAGAACCAUACCCUGAAGGAACCUUCGUUUCUGGCCAAAUCCACACAGAAAGUUAAGGUUGAGAAGAAGAAGGUGGAAAUGAUGGAACCUAAGAGCAUGUAUGAAGUGAACCAACAGUAUGUUUGUCCAAAACCUCCCACUCCGAAUAAUAUUGAAAGCAAACCUUUUUUCCUCGGUUCUGGAAAGAAACCUCCUAAUUCUUCUAGUCCCCGAUACGAUCCUCAAAACUGUCCCUCCCCAAACUUCAUUAAACCUGAGAAAAAGCUUAUAAGGCAGUUCGAAUUGAAUUCUCAACCUCUACCCUGCAACCAAAGUAGCUUUGAACCAAGUAAGGUGGCUAAUAACAUUAUUGAAGUACCUGCCGGUUCAAAGAACAGAAAUCUAUCAUCUUCUUCUGCACCUUCCCAGCUACUCGAUGCAAAAGGAAAAGAUAAUAGCCGCCAUAGCAAUGCGGCUACUCGCCUCUCAUCUGUUGGUGGUUCUGAUAAUGUUAACAAAGGUGUUACCUUAUUUCCUCAUGGACAAGGACAUGGGCCAAGUGAUUCAAAUAAUGCUUCUGCAGUUGCUGCUCGCGCUUGGAUGUCAAUGGGGGCAUUGGGGGGUUUUAAACAAGCCAGCGAGAGUCAAAUUUCUGCAGAGUCCUUGUAUAACCCAUCUCACAAUUUUCAACUGCAAAAUUUACAAUAUCGUCCCUCUUCUGGGAUGCAUUUCCUCCCCGGGAAAGGAAUCUAUCCAUUUCACGCCUUCAUGCCACAUACAGCUAGAGGGGUAGUGGGGAUUGAAGGCCAGGUCCCUAACAGACCGGUGAUGUUCCCACAAUUUGUAGGACCCAUUGACCCGUCUAGAUUCCACCCACGACAGAAUCUCAAUUCACAUUCUGCCGUUCAGUCAAGACUGAACCGGGAAUCAGUCCCUCCCCCUGACUUGAACAUUAGUUUUCAGUCUGCCGGGUCCCCUCCCAGCAGGCCAUCUUCGGGCAUUUUGGUCGACUCUCAACAGCCAGACUUAGCCUUGCAACUGUGACAAGUUCUCUUCAAGAACUAUCAUAUGAAGCGACUCGAGAGCAGUUUCUAGAACUACAUAUCAUUCAAUCACACAUCGUCCCACGUCUCCUGUUUGGGGUUCUCGGACAACACGGUCUUUUCGUAAUUGUGGAAGCAUAUAUAGUCUGAGGUUGGAAAUUGGAAUCAGGUAAGGUAGUAGGAUAAUAGGGAAGCAUUAGUUAGGGGUGGAUGAAUGUUGUAAUAAUAUACUGUAGUUAAUUUGGAUUUAGGUUAUUUAUCUGGGGUUACCCCCAAAUGGAAAUCAGCAUUCUUGUACAUUUGUUCACAGGAAGUUUGCUUUCUU